AUGGAGUAUGGAGUAGUAAGGAGAGAGGAGAAGGUAGAAAGGAGAAAGGAGAAAGGAGAGGGGAGAGGGGAGAGGGGAUAUAAAGAUGGAGAUGAGGAUGGGGAUGGAGAAGGAGAAAAGAAGAAUGGGAGAGAGGGUGAGGGUGAGGGAGGAAAGAGGAAUGGGAGGGAGAAAGAGGAAAAAGGAAUGGGAGGGGGAAAGAGGGGAGAGGAAGAAGAAGAAGAAGAGAAUUCUGUAGAAAAGAUUUCGGGUUUAUUAUAUAUAACAGAACAGACGGCUCUCUUCCGUCCACUGGCUUAUACUACAUACGUAGCAUAA